AUGGUUAGCGAACAGGAAAUCCUGGAAUCUUACCCUCAAAAGUGCCCUGCUGACGCAUUGCCUGGUACUCCAGGUAAUCUGGAUGCGGCACAAGAAACGGCACUCAAAGAGCUUAGAGAGCAGUUGGAGGCUUUGGGAUACAAGGCUAGACUUGAUGACUCUACUCUAUUGCGUUUCCUAAGGGCCCGUAAGUUUGACGUUGAGGCUGCCAAGGUUAUGUACGAGAACUGCGAGAAAUGGAGAAAAGAAUUUGGCGUUGAUACCAUUUUCGAAGACUUCCACUACGAAGAAAAGCCACUUGUUGCCAAGUACUAUCCACAAUACUACCACAAGAUUGACAAGGAUGGUCGCCCUGUUUAUAUCGAAGAGCUCGGUUCUGUGAACUUGACUCAAAUGUACAAGAUCACUACUCAAGAACGCAUGUUGAAGAACUUGGUCUGGGAAUACGAGGCUUUUGUCAGAUACAGAUUGCCAGCAUGUUCCAGAAAGGCUGGUUAUCUAAUUGAAACCUCUUGUACCAUUCUAGACUUGAAGGGUAUCUCCAUCUCUGCUGCUGCCCAAGUGCUCAGCUACGUCAGAGAAGCCUCCAAUAUUGGUCAAAAUUACUACCCUGAGCGUAUGGGUAAGUUCUACUUGAUCAACGCACCUUUCGGUUUCUCUACUGCGUUCAGACUAUUUAAGCCUUUCUUGGACCCAGUGACCGUUUCAAAGAUCUUCAUCCUGGGUUCUUCCUACCAAAAGGACUUACUAAAGCAGAUCCCAGCAGAAAACCUCCCAAAGAAAUUCGGUGGUCUAUCUGAAGUGGAUGAAUCUGAAGGUGGAUUGUACUUGUCUGAUAUUGGUCCAUGGAGAGAAAAGGAAUUCAUCGGCCCUGAGGGCGAAGCCCCAAAGGCCUUCGAGAUGUAA